CUAGCUUCAAUUGACUCAUGAUCCCAACUCUAUAAAAUUAUUCUAAUUCCGUUAUUCACUAACGCGAUUCAAGUCGGGAUGUGUAAAUCAGUAACAAUCAUUCAUACGAUCGAAUUGGAAUCAGGUAUAAGGCCACUUAAAAAUGAAUCUGGACUGAAAGCCCCUGUUUAGAAGGUGAAUAGUAGAAACAGUACGGAGGGCAGCUACCCGUGCAAUUCUAGAACCCUGGGGUUGACCAUACAAGGAGCGGCUUGAGAAGCUAGACUUCUUUACUUUAUAUUACCUGUCUAACUUUCAAAGUGAUGUAUCCUCUGCGUUUUCCUACCAGACCAGGAUAACUCAGAAGGCAUACAAGGCAAGUAUAAAAACCAAGGACGAAAAAAAUACUCGAGGUAUACAACUUUUCACAGCGAGUCAGCAAUCUAUGGAACCUGUCACUUUCAACUGACUUAUUCACGAGAAGACUAGAUACUCUCAGCAUUUUACUAGAAAACGGCUAAAACAGGCCAUAGGCCUUCUGUCCUUAAUACACAAAGUUGAAUCUGAUGCACUAAUCGUUUCCCGACCGUUUGACCUUUAGAUGCUUGCAAUCCCCAACGCGAUAUCAUUUCAGAGAGAUUAUAUAUCGUUCUGCUCAAAACCCCUAUAAAUUGGCAAUGACCGUACUGGGCCUAGAUAAAAUUCUUUUAGAAAGUUUCGCUUCAUGGGAACCUUUCUUUCUGAAAGAUACAAAAGUUGUUGUGGACACUGACGACUUAGUUGGUUUUUUACAUGAUAAGUUUUCUACAGGACUGUAUGGUGGUGAGAACAUUUCGUUUUACGUGGCUGUGCGUUCGUUCUUUUUGAAUUUGCAAUGCUCGAAUGUGGAGCCGUACUUCAUUCUCAGAGGUUGCUGUGACAUGAAAGUAAGGGCUUUUUCACAAAAGUUAACAUUAGUCCUAAUCCUCCCUUACAAACACGUUGCAAAUUGCUUUUAUUUAUGCUGUGAAGACGCAUCAUUCCCUAGCAUUCUUGAUAAACAUCUCAAGAUUAAUACGCUUAUUUGUUUAAUUUGUGUAGUGUUCCUAAACUGAAGUACUUGACAAAUUUGUUUUGCUAAAACCCAUCAACUGCCCCUUUCCUAAAUUACAGUCAAGAGUUUCAAGCUAUCUUGGUCAAUCCUCAUGUAACUUUUUCGAAACACCAGUCGGAAGAAAUAUUUUUAGGAUCGCUUUUGUAUAUCGUCAGCAAUUUAACCGGUAUUAAUGUCAGAUACUCCCAUGUAGCCUAGGAUUAAGUAAUCAGAUUAAUUAACAAUCAUCCAAACCAUAAGUUCAGAAUUGUAUAGGAACAGUAGUGUGAAUUUUUUUUAUCAUAAGCAUAAUUUCAUAGUCACUAAAUUUCAGAGAUUUCGUUAGAAUACAAUAAUAGUAGAUGAUAUAUUUUUUGAGGCUUCCAAUUUUCUCUCUCCGAUUUGGUUGGGUAUAUAAAAAACUGUCCAUAGUUGGAACAUUUAUGUAUAACGAUCUCAUACCUAAAGAUAGCAUAGUAUGUAUGAUUGGGAGCUCGUUAUAUCCCGAAAUACGGUGUAUAAAGAAGGAAACUAAUCUUAAUUUCGUAUGUCUAUGUAAGGCUUUUUUUCAGUCAAUUUCAAUGCAUUCUCGUUGAACUAGAGUAAAUUCUAUUCAAUAACUUUCAGUGUAUUUCCAAUUGUAAUCAGUUAUUUGACUUUCAAUCAGUUUUCCAUGUAUCGGUUAUUUAACAGUAAUUUCGUGCUUAUUGAUGAUUGGCCAGUUGGUAAAAUUCUAAAAUUAAUGGCAAUUGGUUAUAUAUAUAUAUAUAUAUAUAUAUAUAUAUAUAUAUAACCGAAUUAACUUGACUGUAAAUCAGUCUUCUUUGGUCUCUCCCGAUAAAUCUUUCUUAACAGGAGAAUUUUAUAGACCUUUAUUCGACACUACGGUGUACCUGAGAAUAUUGUAGACAUCACACGAAAUUCGUACGACGGACUACACUGUGGAGUCGUGCAUGAAGGACAGCUGAUAUGCAUUGCAAGUGAGGACCGGUGUCAGACAAGACUGUCUACUCUCCCUUUCUUUUUCUUCUGAUGAUCGACUGGAUUAUGAGGACCUCCACAUUUCAGAUGAAGCAUGGAAUACAAUGAACAGCUUGGAUGUGACUGGACAAUUUGGACUUUACAGAUGUUAUAAGUCUUGCUAAUUGAACGCUAUACUCUGAUCCUAAGCUAGUCUCGUAACCCCAAGCUAAGUCUACGCAGUGACUUGAACACGAGAGAAAAGGCGCAAAAUAUGUGAGAAGCACUUUACUCCAAAGGUUCAUUUAUGUACAGAAAAUACAGGGCUUUUAUAGUAUUUUAGAAGUCCUUUGGUUUUCCUGAAAAUUCUGGGAUGCUAAUAAACAUAGUAGGAGUGUAGUAAUCAGCCAUUCAGAAACCGUACAUGUGACUUUUCACUUUCGAGAUGUUUCUAGCAGAACUUCUAGUCAAACGCUGAUUGGAUAAAAUGCUUCUUAAUGUUUCCCGAGUCUUUCUUGUCUACUGCGAGAAAUUUUCGGAAUCGCCCCAACAAGAUGGCCGAGCUCUUUUAUCUCAUACAAAUCAACAAGUGCAGGUGAAGACAACUAGUGUAGCACCAACCUCUGUAGCUUUAAACAUCAACAUACACCAGAGAAAAAGCAGGAUUCUGAAAUACAACACGGUAAAUAGCAAUCCAAUCACACUUGAUAGAGAAGGUGGAAACUUUCACGUAUCUAGGCAGCGUCAUUGAUAAUCUAGGAGGAUCUGAUGAAAAUGUGAAUGCAGGUAUCAGCAAAACAAGAGCAGCAUCCCUACAAUCGAAGAACAUGUGCAACUCAAACAACUGUCAGUCAACACCGAAGUCUCACUUUUCAAUGCAAACAAACGAAACCUAAUCUGAAGUGAAAAUUAGAAAAAGACUCUGGAGGAGAAUAGGACAUCCAUUGCGGAAAUCAUCAAACUGCACCACGAUGCAAUCCUUGACUCGGAAUUGUGAAGGGAAGAGGAAUAAAGGAAGACCAGAGAACAGAUUGCGUCGGGAAUCGGAGGGAGAUAUGAAUGGAAUGAGGAGAAACUGGAAACAACUGGAGACGUGCGUCCAGGACAGAGUUAGGUGGAGAAUGCUGGUGAGCGUCUUAAGCUCCUUCAUGAGGGUUAACAUGAGUUAGUAAGUAAGUAUUUAGAAUGAAAAUGACAAAGCCAUUAGAAGCAUCUGCGAAUCUGUUAUUUAUAGCGGAAAACAGAACUAACUAUCUAGAAGACUCAAGUCGUUUGGUGUCAUUCAUUUCAUUCACAGUCUUUUGGUUUUUAUGGUUUAUGAUACAAUGUCACUUCCUAAAUUGGAAUCAAAAAUUAAAGUAUAAACAAAGGAUAGAAUUUAACCUGUUGUCACAACAUAUCACGGCCUUAAAAUUAAAUGCACCGGAUAAAGUCCCCAAAGUACUCAGUCUUUCAGCCAAAAAAGUAUUUAUGUAUGCUUUAAAUGAAUUCCAAUUCAAGUGCAUUAGAGUUAAAUCUUUUCCUACAACUGUUUGUACCGCUAUUGCUAUAAUUUUACAGUGUCCAGUUAUUGGUUUAUCAUCUGAUUAUUAUAUACUUAUGUCGAAGAGACAAAAUAUUCUUAAUAAUUUAAUUUCCCAACCAUAUUUGAGUCCGACAUUUCUUCCACUUCGUCUGGCCAAUUUAAAUUUGAGUCUGUUAAAUGACUCCAGUAAAAAUAAUGGUGAAAAAGCUAUGCUGUUUCACAAAUUUAUUCCUAAACUUUCAAUUUUGGCGAAAUCUUCAGAUUUUCAUUUGCCUUUUUUAGCUGUGUUACUUGGUACAGAUGUUAUUUCUAAUGUGAGACUUCCAUUAGAAUUACAAGAAAAAUUACAAACAAACAAUUCAACAAUAAAAUACGCACAACGUCGAUUAUCUGUACUCCUUGAGUGGUUUUCACAGUUCGAUUCAAAUUCAAUUAAGCCGCUAGAAGAUGUUAUUAACUGUUAUCCAGUUGAACAGCGCACUUCUAUAAUAAACGAUAUGAUACAUGGCACUUCUCGUUUUGUUUGCCCUCUCGAAGAAACUAAAAAUGUUAUGAGUCUAUUAAGUGAUGAAAGUUACUUUAAUGAUACUUCAACUAUUAAAUCGGCGUUCAGAUCCAAUGGAAGUGUUGAGGAUGUGAUUGAUUCACUAAAAGGUACCAAUGUAGCAUACUUAUGGCAUGAAGAUUACACAAAUGGGUGGCCUCCUCGUCUUCUUUAUAAUUUCAGGAAGGGAACAGUAUUUCCGAAACCAUCUAUCUAUUCAUCUCGAGGUGUUUUCCUCAAGACCGUAGUUGAAGAUCCAAAAUGUCCAUUAUCAGUGUAUGAAACAUCUCUCUUAAUUCGAAGAUUAGAUUAUCAAAUUCAUGUAUCGUUGGAAAGCAGUUUAAGUAUGGAAAAUAAACUUGUUGGAUUAAACCCUGAUGUUAUUGAAUAUGCGAGACAAAAUGAUAAAUUAGUGAUGUUUCGAAUCCCAGUCAAACAAAUUCCUUUAGAUUUCAGCAAAGUUAGCACAGAUGAAAUUAUUAAAGAUAAUCUGAAUUUUGUCAAACUACCGGAAAACAAUUUAAUCCCUAAUUACCUUUACAGUUUGGCAGUUGUUUUAUCAUUUUGGUUUCAACAAUUAAAAAAUACUUCUAUUGAAAUCCCUUCUGUGUUUAGUGAGUCGUCUGUUGGACUUGCUGUAGCUUCCUGUGCUGUCGCAAAUAUAUACAACGAUGGCUCAUCUAUUAGUGAAUUGUGUGAAUUUUAUGAUAAUUUAAGCACGAUGCCCGAUCAGUUAUUGACUUCGGGUAGCAAAACUACUAAUUACAGAGCGGAUGUUGUACACAGCUUUAAUGCUAUACAGUCAACUUUUAACAGUCUUGAAGGUGUGAUUACAACUCUCAACUGUCUUGUACCAGAGAAUAAACAGUCGAAUUACUUCACUUUUGCACAGCCUUGGACACUGUUUCCCUCUGGAAAGCUGGUACAUUUUUUAGCUACUCAGUUAGAUUCUUUAGAGCCCUCUAGCAGACGCUAUUCAGUCAUUAGAGUAUGGCUUCCGAAACUUCUCCUUAUUAAAGAAAGAAAUCCCGAUGCAACAUCUAGGCUAACCAAAUUGAUAAAUACUUUAAUAACUUUUAUUGAUCUUUGUGAUAAGAUUGAAAUCAGUCUUCCAUCAUCUUCAGAUUCAUUUUAUAGCAUCCACGAAUUAGAAAGCAAUUAUGUCCCUAAAACGGUGCCUACGAUUCCUAACCUAUGUGAUCGAAACAAUACAAAUCUAGUUGGUAAACAGAGUCAUUCAACAUUUAAUGUAAUAUUUCCUCGUGGCUGUCGAGAAAAAAGAGAACAUAGAAUGAGUAAUAAAAGGAUUUAUAAUAAAUCUUCAGUUGAAAAUGUUGGGCAUAGUGCUCUAGUAGGUUAUCAUUUCCAAAGUAAUUUCCAUUCAACCUAUAGAAAAACCUAGAACAACGACAUACAAAUCAUCUAGUAACAUAAGCUGUUAAGAAUAUUUUAGAAAUUUUAAUCUUGUUCACGUGUAACAAGUAGUACACUGAUUUUUAACAAAUUAAAUACGUUCUUUUUCGUGUUUAAAUCAUCAACAGAUGUAUUCAUAUUAUCAAAUGAAAGAAUAUCUCUAUUUUUUACUCCAUACUUUUCUAAUCUCCAUUUAUUAUAUAUUCAUGAGUCCAUUUGACCACUAUACCGGUUGCCUUUUUUUCUAUCUAAUUUCAUAUUGCCAGAUAUGAUUUUUUCUCAAAGAAUUUAAGUUAAUACUACUUCCUAUCUUUAUAUG